GCCGCUUGUAUUUUGAUUUCUUAAGUGUUGAAAUCUAACGAAAUGUGAAUUGUCAUAAGAAUUUUGGUUUGUGAAUUCUAUAUGACUAACUAUCAAUAUUAUUAAAUGAAAUAUAAUAUUUAAAACAUACCAAUGCAAACACCGACAAGCGGUGAUGUGGAGAACCGGUGUUAAUGCUGCGUUCAUUUGGUGCUCGUGAGCACAGGUAUCCCCACACUAGAGUCUGAUCACAGUAAGCACGAUGUCAGAUACAGAUUUCUCAGUGGGUCAUACCAUCGAUGAAGUAUUAGAUACCAGUAAGCUGCAAACUGACUCCACUACAACUGACAUACCUGUUGUGGAAGACAAUUCAGUGAUGAAAAACACAGUCACUUGUCCUGACAGCUUCAGUCAUGCUGAUAUCUUUCGAGUCAGAAGUUUUCUGGUGGAAUUUUUGGAAGAACUUAAAAUACGAAGAAGCAAUGAUUCUGAAAAUGAAGAACGAAUCAAGCAGCUAGUCCAGGAGAAAUAUGAACUUGAACGGAAAUGUGAUAGUGAAAGAGAAAACAUUCAGUCAAUAGUUGAUCAGCAUCAGCGUCAGCUGGUGGAAACCAAGAGAGGCCUUGAGGAGAAGAUGCAUUUUAUGGAAGGAGAAACUAAGCAGUUGUCUGUGUAUCGAGAAUGUGGAGAAAAAGAAAUCAAAUCACUAAAGGAUGAAGUCAGGAAUUUACAGCUGUCAAAGUAUUCAUUGGAGAAGAAAAUCCGAGAGCAAGAAAGACUUCUUCAGUCUCAAAGAAGUUCUGCAGAGCAGCAGCUUGAAGAGUUGUCUAACCUUGAAAAGAAAAUAUCCGAGAUGAAUGGCCACUUCCGUCAAGUAAAUCAGAGUCAUAACCGGCUGGAAAAAAAUGUGAUUGAAGCUGUUAAGCUGAACAAGACCCUGAUGUAUAUCAACGAGCACCAGAAGUGCCUCAUGGACCACCACAAGACAGACCUGGCCACUCUGCAGACCCAGUUGGUGGAGAUCAAAGUGAGGCUGGAGGCAAAGCCCAAGCUGGAGAAAGACAUACAUAAAUAUGAACUGGAGAACACAGUACUAAAACAACAAGUUAAACAUCUAACGAGUUACCAAGAUGAACUGACCGCAGAAGUAGAGGAAAGCAAGACAAAGUAUGAGACUGCAAUUCACGAACUAGCGUCGGCUCAUCUACUGGUAGAGCGCCAUCUGGAUUCGUCUGAGAAGUUUGAUAAAGAGGCCGAGUUGCUGGCGGAGGACCGAGAUAAGUUACAGCGAAGAGUUGGAGAACUGGAGGAGCACCUUGAUGCCAUUCACAGAGAACUGGACGUAUCUCGGGAGACACACACGGCAGCUGUCACAGACUGGAAACAAGCAAGCUCUGACUUGCAAGAUGAGAUUGAGAAGUUGAAAGAGUCACUAGACGAAGUUAAGAAAUCUAAGAUGGAGUUAGAGGAUCUGAAUUCAGAAUGGGCUCAGAGAAACAUGGAGGUCACAAAACAACUCGACAAGGCCAAGGAAAAACUUGAUGUUCCUAAGACUGAACUGAGUCAACAGACAGACAUGAGUUUGUUCUGUGUGGACGUCGUUUCCACCCAGACAGCUGUGAGCUGCAGCACCAAACCUACACAGACUGCGUUGAAUAUCAGCGUCUCCAGCACACAGACAGAACAAAUAACAGUGUCAUGGGCUACAUCACAAACAAUAGACCCUGCCCUGGCCAGCACCGCAACACAGACCGAGUCUGUUUCUACGAGUCAUCAUUCUACACAGAUCGAGUCUGUUUCUACGAGUCAUCAUUCUACACAGACCGAGAACAACAGCUUGGUAGAUUUGAAUUUAAACAACAACCACAUCAACAGGGAUUUGAGAUGUGUCACCAAUACUGUAGUUAACAAUCAUCACAAUGUCAUCAACAAGGAUUUGGCUUGUGUCGGCAGUACUGAUGUCAAUAUUGACUAUAUCAACAAGGAUUUGAGUUGUGUAAGCAAUACUGCUGUUAAUAUUGACGAUGUAGUUGAUGUCAGUGAUGUUGCCAAUGCUGUCCAACCUGCUGCUGUUGAUGGAGAUGCUGUAGAUGACAGUUGGUUUCUACAGAUCAGCCCAGUUGCAAAAUAUCUAGUCUUACCGAGUCUAUAG